AUGAAGCUUCGGAAGGAUCUCGUUCAUGUUGCCCCUCUUGUUCAGGAUAGGAUCCUUCAACAAAUCCUUGCUAUAUUUUCCUUUCCAUUUUUACUUUGUGUCUCGCUCUCCGUUUGUUUUGUUUCUUAUACGACGCCGUUUUGUUCAGCGCCUCACUUGAGACGCAUUUUUAAUAUCGUUAUUUCUUCUUCUUCUUCUUCUUCUUCUUCUUCUUCUUCUUCUUCUUCUUCCACUCCACUUUUUUGCCUUCUAAUAUCUUUUUCUUAUCGUUAUUUCUUCUUCUUCUUCUUCUUCUUCUUCUUCUUCUUCUUCUUCUUUGCCUUCUUUGUUAAUACCUUUUUCUCUUCUUUCUCUUAUCUCAUCAUUUACUUUUCUUUCUUUUGCUUCGUUGCCGGCCAGACUCCCAUCACUCUUUCUUUUCUUCAUCGCUUCUCCUUUCUACUUCACCCCCCUCCCUCCCUCUUCUUGUUAUUAUACUUUGAUUUUCUUCGAUCCGAUGUCAUGUCAGGAAUAGUGCAUAAGACGUGA